AUUCUUUUAGAAUCUUAUGAGUAGUGCAGGAAUGCACAAUUAUGCUUGAAUUAACAGAGUUAGGAACAUUACAGCAUCUUUUAUUAUUUACUCUCUAACUCUUUAUAGAGGAAAAUUAAUCAGUGAGCUGUAGUGGUUGCGAAGUGAAGUGUCUGUUAUCACUGUGACCACCUCCGUCCAGUGUUCCACCAGAGAAUGGGCCUUAUGUAUAUGUGUGUGUCUGCCUAGUGGACUAGGUACCAGGAGAUCCAGCGAAAAUGUGUGAGUGAGCGAAUCAAACAAUAGCCCUACUUUGAAUCGACUGGCCAGUGGGGGAGCGUAAGGAUGGGCUAAAACGUCCAUGGAACGCAUCAGCGGAGGACUGGCAUUGUGUGGUGAAUACAGUGAGGAGUCUGUGACAGAAUGAAGAGAGACAGGGAAAGGUUGUGGCAUGCAACAGGGCCUAAGAGCAAGGGUAGAGGGCGGGGGGCUGAGAUAGGGGUGGUCAAUGUGUAUGACAGAGAUCUUUUUUGCAUUGGACAGAGCACUGUUUGUUUCAUCUUUGGUUGAGGAAUGCUGCUGUCCAGGGUGACAGGGGGGCAUUAUGUGGACCUUAUGUCAUUACUGGGUGACUUGAAGCUGCUAACAGAGCUUCUGCGUCAGACUGCAUACAACCAACAUGUGUGACGGUCACUUUGGGCUCUAUGCAUGUCCAGAAAAUCUGCGUCCUGGGCGGAAGGAACCACUGAACCAAAUUGGUUCGUUUUUCCUUCCGUUUACUGUAUAUUCAGUAUAGCCUGCGUAGGAAUCAAGGAUUUUAGUAUUUGCACAACAGCUGGAAAGCCCUAGAGGGGGACAGCGUGUGUAUGUCCCAGUUGGAGGAUGAGCUCGCUGCAGAUGGGGAGAGGCAGUUUGGUGAGCUUGUUCAGCUGUUGGAGGGCUCGGUGGGUUAAAUCCUGCCGAGGCUGUCUCACACACACUGUGACCAUUGGGCUCUUUUUCAAAUACACACAACGAGGGCUGAGAUGCCUGGGGCAGGAGCCGGGGCCUCUGGCUCUUGGUUCUCACACUCUGAAGCGGUGCACCAUCUCAGCUGGGGUCACGGACUCAGACCCCGUCAGGGUACUAAGAGUGGCCAGCCACUUCGCCUUGCUGUCAUUAUCAUCUCAGGACUCACAACAUCUGUUUCCUGAAUCAUGAGAAUUCAAGGAGUACAGCUGCUGAAAUCAUCUGACAUUGGCCGCCAUAGCCUGCUGUAUCUAAAAGAGAUUGGACAUGGCUGGUUUGGAAAGGUUCUAUUAGGGGAGGUCACUGCAGGCGUCAGCACCACCCAGGUGGUGGUGAAAGAGCUGAAUGCCAGUGCAAGCGUUCAGGAUCAGUUUCAAUUCCUGGAGGAGGCCCAGCCAUAUCGAACCCUUCAGCAUCCUGCACUCCUGCAAUGCCUGGCACAGUGUUCAGAGGUCACUCCUUACCUGAUAGUUAUGGAGUUUUGUCCUCUGGGAGAUGUUAAGAAUUACCUCGGCAGCUGUCGGGCUACUGAUUCGGACACUCCAGACGCCUUGAUUCUCCAGAGAAUGGCUUGUGACAUCGCUUCAGGGCUUCUCCAUCUUCACAAAUACAAUUUUAUCCACAGUGACGUGGCCCUGCGAAACUGCCUUCUUACUUCAGAAAUGUCUGUUAAGAUCGGUGACUAUGGGCUGUCUCACAGUCGAUAUAAGGAGGACUAUUUCAUAACACAAGACCAGCUUUGGGUGCCUCUGCGCUGGAUCGCACCAGAACUCAUAGAUGAAGUCCACGGAAACCUGCUGGUUGUUGAUCAAACCAAAAGCAGUAACAUCUGGUCUGUGGGUGUGACUUUAUGGGAGCUGUUUGAGCUAGGAAACCAGCCGUACAGACAUUACUCUGACAGGCAAGUGUUGACAUAUGCUGUGAAGGAGCAGCAACUUAAACUACCCAAACCCCAGCUGCGGUUCCCCCUGGAUGACCGCUGGUAUGAAGUUAUGCAGUUCUGCUGGCUGCAGCCUGAGCUCAGGCCCAGCAGUGAGGAGGUGCACCUUCUGAUCACAUACCUAUGUGCCAAAGGAUCGAGUGAAGCUGAGGAAGACUUUGAGCAACGAUGGAAUGCCUUGAAACCCAAUUUGCUUGGCAGCACAUCACACACAGCUGCAUCCACAACCCUGGUCCUCACUCCCACCCCUGAUGACAUUCCCAUUGCAGACCAAACCCAGGCAGUGGAGCUGGCCUCCUCUGCCUCGUCCUCCUUCCCUCUCUUGGAGCACUUCUCUGACAGCUUUCACUCUGACACAGGGGAUGACCUCCUAACCGUCACCGAGACAAGCCAUGGCCUCAACUUUGAAUACAAGUGGGAGCCAGCCCGAGCUGAACAGCCCUACUGCUCCUCCUCUACAAGUGGGCAACUGGGCCAGGAGAACCCACACUACCAGGAUAUUUAUUAUUCUAACACAGGAAGUACCUCAGUGGGCUGCAAGACUGACAGUCUGACAUCAAGCAGGUCCCCAUCCUAUUAUGAAUCAGAACACACCAGUGUUGUCCCAGUGCUGAGUGCCCACAGCCCCUCUAUUAGUAGUGAGUACUACAUUCGCAUAGAAGAACCUGUCCAGCACAACAUCAAGUUUGAUGAUUGUAUUGGGGACUACUGUACAGAACUGGAAUCUUCUAACAGAAGGUUGUCCUCUGAGAAUCAAGCUAGUUCUUACUGGUCCACCAACGACAACAUUAAAGCAGAUGAUUCAAGUCCUACCAUUCAACUACACACACAUCCACUGCUGAGCCCUUCAUCUAACGAAGGUGCAGUAAAGUCAGGUUGUUCUUAUAAUUCACUUCCGUCUUAUAGCAGUAAUGCAAACUACUGUGACAAAUCACCGCCACCCAAGAUACAGAAGCAACCCACUCCCUCUACCCUUGAAAAGUCACCAGAGAUUCAAAUAAACCAUCUUCAUACAGACAGUCUGUUAGAAAACCCACGCAGUUUAUCACAGGCUAUCAGCAGCCCCAGUUUAGGAUUCUGCGAUCCUUACCUUGAACCACACACAGGUCAAAGCACAGUGAAGGAAAGCUGCCAUACUAUGUUGGGACCCCUCAGAAAGACACUACACAUUGUAAACCACGUUGACAUAGAUGUAGGAGAGGAUGAUGACCUACAGUUGAGUCGGCGGAAAAGUAGAGUAGUUGAGGAUAAAACCAACUGGAUCUCAAACCGUUCAGCAAACAACAACAGCUUUGACAGCAGACACACGGGCGGUGGAAAUGACAGUUGUGUGACUCUUCGAUCAGAUGCAACAGAUACAUGGGUUUUAACCAAGGCCACCACGAGAACCUUCCAAAGCUUCAAGCCUUGUGGCACCUUGGGGGGCAGUGAGGAAGGCCCUGAAUGGAGUGCAUCUUGCAUGUCUGUUGGUUUAGACUCGUACAUUCAGAUAUGCCACAAAGAGUCGGCUCAAGAGAAGCCUGCGAGUUUGGAUUUCUUUCAAAGCAACAGUGCUCUUACCAACUCGAACAAGAAUAGCAGUAGUACAGAGGGAGGAAAAAUGGAACCUCAGACUGAUCAAACAGGAACCUUGUCUGAUAUGCAGAGAUGCAACAUAUGGGAAGGAGUUUCAGAUGGAACAUCUGUGGGUCUGAGUGGCCUCAGGCUGAAUUAUGCAGAGACAUCCAAAACCAGCAGAAACCAGCAAUGUGCAGUAGACGUUAGGGACUCCAGACCCUGCUUGGUUGAACUUGGUGACUACAGUGAGGAUGAGGAAGAUGACAUAACUGAUAUUACAUCAGGAAUCUUUGCUGACUUCAACCUUGACCUUAGUGAGGUUGAGGAGGAAGACAUCAGCCCAAAAAAGAUUUUGGAGGGGAAUUCAGACGCUUUGGGUGCCAUUAAUGUACUUUCAUCAGUGGCAAGCUCCUGUGAACAGGCCUUCAGCCCUGAUCCCUAUAACACCCCCAUCCUGCCCAAAUCUCUGGAUAGUGGCUAUGACACAGAAAACAAUGAAUCUCCAGAGUUUAUGUUCAAAGAGCUUGGAGAUCCACUGGGUGGUGAAAGUUGCCCUGGGUUGGGUGGGGAAUCUGAAAUUGCUCUGCAUGUUGGUUUAGCGCAGGGUGUCUGCACUUCAACAAUCACAUCAGAGCUACAUGUAAAGAGCCUUGUUGAUAACAAUCCCUACAGGGACUCUGCUUAUUUCUCUGACUAUGAUGUAGAAAGUGAAAGGAGUCCCAAAGAGGAAGGCAGGGGUUUCUUUGCAGAACCUGUGAAGCGUCAUGGCCCUGACAAUGCUUUAAGCUCUGCAGGAGAACAUAUUCUUGAAAAUAAUCUAAACUGCGAGAGGAAUUUAACAAAUCUGAGACAUCUCAAAAAUUGCGUUUUGGCAAAUCUCUCAGAGGCCAACUCACAUUUAGCCCACAAUAUCCAAACACCUGAGUUGUCCAUGCUGUCACCAUUUCCUCAACAGAUGGGUGGGUGCCUCACCAAAGAAGCUGCUCCUGCUGAUGAUGAUAUGGGGUUGGAUACGGAGCAUUCAGGGGAUGAGCCUGCAUCUGAACUCAAUUCCUUGAAUGGGUCAGAGCCCUCCUCCUCUGUCCUGGAAGCCUCUGCAAACCAUGAAGAGGGUAGCAGAGGAGCAGAAGGCUGCUCCUCUGUCCAUUCAACAGUGUCUGGUUGCUCAAUCACCGAAUGCAGAGAUAAACCUUGUGAAGAAAAUGAAAAUGUGGAGGAAUCUUCAGAGGAGGAAAAGGUGCCUGAACAGUCUCAUGUCAGUGGGGAGAAAGAGCACCGAAGAGAGGGUGAGAAAAUUAACGAGGAGGAUUUUGAGGACAUUGAUGCAGAGGAAUGCGACAGCUUAUGUGAGGAAUCUAACGGUCCUCAGGAUCUUUCCACCUCCUCAUCAUUAUUGGAGCUUUGUGGAGAAGACGUAAGAGCUCCACUGGAAGAAGCUGAGGAUGAAGAUGACUCUGAUGAAAGUGAGUCUGAUGAAGAACUGAGAACAUACAACAUCCAAGAUGAAGAGAGCGAGGGGAGUGAAGAGGAUUUUAGCACAGUACCGGUGGUCGUGAGUGACUGCAGCAGGGCGAGACACCUCCGCAGCCUCCUCAAGAUGCCCACCCUGCUUACCCAAUCCUUCUGCGAGGAGUUGGAGAGGAAGAAAAAAGCAGUAUCGUUUUUUGACGAUGUCACAGUGUUUCUUUUUGACCAGGAGAGCCCCACAGGAGAACUGGCAGACUGUUCGUUUUCCACUGAAGGAGAGCCAAUUGAACAGGAAACAUCAAACUUAGAUCUUGAAGCUCAAUCCGAUGAUGCUCAGUGUUUCGCUAAGGAAACAGAUGAAAACAACUUAGCACAGGGUGGGAAUUUCAAAUGGGAAGAGAAGCACUCUGUGGAGACCUUACCAUCCACGCUUCACACCAUCCCUGAGCCUGUGUUCUCACACACUUCUGUCACCGAUACAGCUGAAGUUCCUAAACCUGUUGCAGUUCCACUUAACCGUUUCAUGGUGUCUCGAUUCUCCAUCACGCAUGUGUCCGACUCCCACGCAGGCAUAGCAACAGGGAAUACUGAAGAUACUCCAAAACGUUGAGUCUUGCAGGGAAGACCAGAGGAGGUGGAGCCAGAAAAGCAGAAUUAUGAUAUUCAAGAUGAUUUUAUAGAGUUUUAUUUUAUCUUUCUUAGUGUUUGGGACAUCUGAUUUUGAGACCCUUUAUAAGACAGUGCCUCAUAUUGUGGUCGGAUACUUUGAUUUGCACAAACUUUCUUUUUAUUUGACAUAAGUGCAAUAGCAGUAGGAGUGAAAAUCUGAUUUUAAGAACUGCAGAAUGAGAAUACAAAUUUAUAUAAUUUGGUUUGGGGUAAAAAAUCCUGUUUCUUCAGCUCUAACAUCAUUUUGCUUCAUGAAGCUGCUGUUCCUUUCAGCCAACAGUUUUUUUUUUUAUGUUCGACACAAAAAUAGGAAAAUAAGGACAGGCUUCAUAGCUGCUUCUCUCAUUGGCUGCUUUGAAACUAGUUCUGGCAACUCUAAGACUGUUACAGGUUUCAUUAUCAAAAGGAGCAAGCGACACUAGAGAUUUGCUGCAUAGGAAGCCAUAAAACAUAAAGGGGAAUUUAAAUUGAGAUCAUAAUAUAUUAACUUUGACUAAAAUUAAACAUUUACAAAAGAUCGAAAUGUAAAUGCCAGUACCCUAAUCACCAUCACUAGUCACUUCGGUUUACGUUGCACUUUGUGUAGCCUUAGCUGCUCCUAACUGUCAAAUACUGAAAUAAAAUAGCCUAAGACAAGCUAUUCUGUUUUCAUCCACAGUGCCAGCAGCAGGUUUGUUUACUCUCAUGUACAUGUCUUUUUUUUUUUUUUAAGAAUAAAAUCAGAUGGACUGAGAGGUGUUUCCACAGAACUUCGUGUUGUCACUGUAAACAUCCCAGUCAUAAAUGUGGAAUGUCACUUGUCAUGUUAAUUUAUCUUUUCUAAGAAAAUAAUAAUACUAAAAAAAACAUGUCUUAUAUAGAAAUGAUCUAUUACAUUUUUGGUGAAUGCCUGAGGUGAAACCAAGACAUUCAGAAAAGGACAUAUCUGGUAUAUUGUACGAAUAUUGUAUCAACACGUAGCAGGUAGCUUGAGUAGAAUCAUUACUGCUGUAUCAACUGUUGUAUUCCCUCCCCUUUCUAUCCAUCUGUAGGUCCUAGUUUAAAUUCCUUCCCCUCUCACUUUCCCUUUUACGUUGUGCAAGAUUAAGAAACUGUUGCCAGUAUUUUUGUACAAGCAUUUCAAAAAUGCAAUUCAGGAUGAGCGAUUAUCGAAUUUGCCAAAGAGAAAUUGUAAAGCCCAUUGGCUUUUAAAUGGCAGAUGCCUUUGGAGAAGGUGAGGUUGCUCUAUGCACCAGAAGUGACAAUGUUGCCAUUUCCAUUUGUUCCUCAUUCAUCGCUGUUGUACCAUCUACCCCCCACCCCCAGAAACUUAAAUAAAUCCAAGUACUUUUUCCCCUU